AAACUGCAGAAAGAGGAAACAGCCACAAACCAGAGAGAAAACAGAGGCAGAGAAGUGGAUUCUAUAACAAGUACAAUAGACUUAUUACAAAAGAUUAUAAAGAUUCAAAAAAUUAAUUCAAUAGCAGACAAAAGUUUUUGAGAAGAUCAGUGAAGCUUUAGUUCAGUACAGAAUGAAGAAUUUCUUUUCCUUCAUCACCUUCUACCUGAUCUCAGGUUCAGUGCACUGCUUUGAUGUGAUCAGUUAUCCUGGAGGUCGUGUCAUAAUUAACUUCAAAAAUCAAGCUUUCACGUCAUCUGUGUAUUUUUGCAAAUUUAAAGCAAACACCGAGUGUAAAGAAUUGAUAACAGCUCGGGUCUCAGAGUUAAACAACCUGAUUCAUAAGGACAGAAUUACUCUGUUUUACACUGAAGGAUUAAUUUCACUGAUUUACAGAAACCUGAGUUUACAGGAUACUGGAAUGUAUCAGUUUGGAGACUUCAGCAGGUUGAAUUACGACAUUAACCUGAAAGUGAACAGUGAUCCAUGUUGUAGUGGGACAAAAGCAGUAACAGGUCAAUUGGGACAGACUCUGAUGAUCAGCUGCUUCUAUCCAGUAGAGUUUGAAACAAACCCCAAGUCCUUCUACAGACUAGAUGGUUUCAAUGAAGCUGAACUGAUCCGUACGAGUGGAAAAGAACAACACCAGGACGGCAGAUUAUCCAUUUCUGAUGACAGGAAGAAUAAAGUUUUCAGUGUGAACAUCACUGAUUUGAGAAAAGAUGAUGGAGGACUUUAUUCCUGUGCAUUUACUGAAGACAUGCGUUCAUUCAGUUAUCAGUCGUUCUUCACAGUAUUUCAGCUCCAAGCUACUGAAGUAACAAAAGACACAACAGAGAAUCUAGAUGGCAAAUUAGACACAUCUGAGUCUGGAUCCACAUUCAUCAUCAUCAUCAUCAUCACCAUCACUGUGUGUAUCUUUGUGACUCUGCUGUUGAUGGGAGGAUUUAUACUCGUCUACAAGUUGAGACACAGAACACAAGAUUCUGUACCUAUAAGCCAGAGAACAGAAACAAAUAACACGGCUGCUGAUUAUGAAAAUAAUCUACUUCAGAUUCAGAACAUCAUGAUGUCUCCGGUCUACCAAAGCCUAACUCCCAAUACAAACCAAUCAGAUUCAAUCUACCAGAGUCUAGACACUAACACCAACCAGUCACAUUCAGUCUACCAGAAUCUAGAGGCUAACACCAACCAAUCAGAUUCAGCCUACCAGAGUCUAACUCCAAGCACCAACCAAUCGGAUUCAGUCUACCAGAAUCUAGAGGCUAACACCAACCAAUCAGAUUCAGUUUACCAAAGCCUAACUCCAAGCACCAACCAAUCAGAUUGUCUACCAGGUUCUAGACAUCAACACCAACUAAAACCAAUCAAUUAGACUCAUUUUUCUUGA